AUGGCGGGCAUCAAAUGUCGGGGAUUCUCUGGACGGGCGGGGGGUGGGGAGAAAGAGAGUGUGGUCGAGGUGCCCGGCGAUGGAGAGGGUGCUCCAACAACGUGUCGCGAUGUCGAUGUCGAUAACGAUGUCGCGGGGAAGAAGGUUGAAAGAAGGCAAGUCGACAGUUGA